AUGUCUAGCUCCAACGCUUCAUCUGCUUUCAGAUCAAACUUACCAAGCAAUAAAAGCUCUACUACAAGUUUGCCACCUACAUUAUAAAGUCUAUAAUUUACUUCCUCAAACUCAAAUCUAAUCAAUAACUCUACAAUGCAAAAUCCAUCAGUAACUUAAAGCUAAAUCUUAAAUGGGAAUAAAUUUCAUUCAGCUUUACAUCAUGGACGGCAGAAAAGUUCAGAUCCUCUAGCCAUUCUGAAUCAUAAUAAUAUUCUUGAAUAAAAUCCUAUCUAUUCCUCUACUGAUCACAAUAAUCUUAAAGAGGCUCUAAGAGUAAUAACUUAAUUCUCACAAAAGACUUUACAAAAACUAGAAGAGUCUUUAAUUCAACUAAGCAGAUUUAAGGAUAAGGAUGAAAAAAUAAGAAUUAUAGAGGAAUUAAACGAACAAAUAGAAGUCAUGAGAUUAUUGCUUGUUUAGGUAUAAUAAAAAGAGAUCUAAGUCUAUCAACAAAAGCAACUUAUAAAUGACAAUUUGAUAGAGGAAAUAUAGAGUUAGCUUAAUUUCUAAGAAACCGAAAGAUAACUUAAAAUUUAGGAUUAUCAGAUGAAAUUGGAGACUCAAUGUAAAAUGCUAGCUUAGAUCAUGAGAGAAAAUGAGAGUCUUAAAUAAGAAUGCAGCUACAAUAAAUCACUCUUGGCCUAGACUUAGGCAUAACUGCAAAAUUACUGUGUUCAGAAUAACUCUGAAAACUUUUAAUUAAAUACCUCUGGUGAUAUCAAUCUUGGUGAUUCUAGACUAGAUACAAAUCUAAACUAAUAAGACAUCGAUAAUUUAGUCAUCCUUCAGUAAAGCCAAAUCAAUAUUGGAUCUACAAAUAACUUUUAGAAGAGAUAUUUGAAUCAAAAUAACACAAGCAUGGAUCAAUAAGAAAGUAUAUUGCCUGAAGGCUACUUAUUUAAGGCAACCUAAAUUACAGACUAGCCUAAUCAAAGCCUUAAAAACGAAGUUGAAUCUUUAAGAAAUAAAGUUUAGGAAUACCAAUAAAACUAUAUCAAGAAGGAUUACCUUUUCUAAUUAGUCGAUAGACUUCAGUCUACUUUUCAAUCAAUUGAGUUUGAUGCAUCAUCAAUAAAGGAUUUAAUUUAGGGGAUAAGUAAUCAAACUUAAAAUCUCAGUCUGCACUAAUCUAUGGAUUCACUGGCACUCUCUUAAAGUCAGCCAAGUCAACAGAUAUAGCAAUAACUCAGUGAUAAUUUUGAUCUUCUUUCGUAAAGAAUCUAGAAUGCAUUUGCUAUGAACAUUCAACAAUAGCACUCUUAAACUGAAAUAAUUGAACUAAAAACUGAGAUUUGUGAAAUUAAAAAGAAACUUCUAUAAACUGAGUAAAAACGAAUCGAAGAUCUUAACGCAAAGAAUAUGUUUAUCUAAAAACUAGAGCAGUAACUCUCUGAUGAGUAAAGAAGAAGGAUAGAAGAAAUGGAUGAAAAGGAAAAGAAAAUUGAGGAACUUGAAAGAGAAAUAGAAAGUACAAUUGAGUAACAAAUUAAUGAGAAUUAAAAUUUGAGAGAUAAAAAUGAUCUUAUCUCUACAUAGGUAAUCAAGUAUAAUGAAAUUGAAAAAGAAAUCAUAAGAUACUAUGGAGAUCAGUAUCUGAACUUCAAAAAAGGAGAUCUUACAUUUAUGGUCCAGAAGUUAGUUAAUGAUAAUGAAAACUUAAAGCAAACAUUAGAAUAGAGAGAUGAAAGUGUUCAACAAGUAAUAAGAGACUACGAAGAAAAGUUUUAAGAAAAGGAAAGGCAGUAUUUAAACUAGAAAAGACAGUUGGAACAAGAUCAUGCAAAGAUCAUAAAAGAUUUUACACAAACUCAUAAUCAAUAGUUAUCAUAAAGAGAUCAUGAGAUUCAUUAGUUAAAAACUAAAAUGGCCACUUAGAUUGACUAAAUUUCUUUGACUCUAGAUGACAAUUUAGCCUAAAACAGAGAACUUAAUUAGCAGGUGAAAACAUUUAAGAAUGAUUUAAACAAUAAAGAAAUAAAAGAAAAGUAGCUUUUGGCUAAAAUUAUGAAGCUAAGAGAGGAUAGAAGCUAGUAUAGAUAGCAACAAUAAAAGCUUUAAAACUAUUUACUUGAGAUAUCUGAGUAUGUAUUAUCUAUUGAAAACGGCAUUAAUUUGAAGAAGAAUCUAUUUAAAGAAACUCAAGAGAUUGACAAAAGAAAAUAUGAUACUAAUUAAGCUAUAGUAGAACAGAUUUAACAAGUAAAGGACAGUCUCAAAAUCAUUAAUGAUUAGGUGAUAGAGGAUUUGAAUAAUAAAAAUAAGUAGUUCACAAGAAACUAAUCAAUCUAAACUGAUUCUUUUAAUCAAAUUCCAAAGUAAAUAGUUAUUAAUCAAUAGCAAGAUCACAAUCUUUAUUACGAAGAAAUCUUAAGGAUACUAAAGCACUAAUAAAAUAACUCAGCUAGACAAGAUAAUGAUUCAGAGCUUAUAAAUAUGCUAGGAUCAAAAUUAGAGGAGAUCAAGUGUUAAAUUGCUAAGCAAGAAUAACUUAUAAAGUCCCCUCAUAAUUAAACUAUAAGGCAGCACCAAGCUUCAUGCUAGUUGGAGACUCAUACUGUUCAAAAGUAAAUACAUAUGGAAACCACUAAUCAAGAUGGUACUACACCUAAAGUCAAGAAAUCUAGAUCUUACUUGUAACUUCUCAACAAUAACAAUAAUGAAAAUAUGAUGAGACCAUUCAAUAUGCCAUUAAGUAGUAUGAACUAGUAAUCAAGGUAUAACAUCAUGCAAGAAAAUAUUAUUGAUGAAGAAGAUAAUAAUCUAGGAAAUUACACUCAAUUUUUAAUGUAGUAAGAAGGAAUUGAGAAUCAUGAGGAGCUAGGGAACAGUAAAUUUUGGUUUGAUAUGUAUCAAAGAAUUAAAAAGGAGAUUUCAAAGGAGAGGAAGAUCACAUUAGAAGCACAGUCAAAGCUUCAAGAAAGAGAAGAUGAAAGUUUCUAGCUAAAGUAGAAACUCUAUCUUGUCUCAAAUGAAAAUUAGACACUUGAGAAGUUAAAUGCUUAGUAUCUUCAUUAGAUUUAAGAUGUUAAAGGACAAUACCUAGUUAAGGAUAAGAAUAAAAAUAUACAGGAAAUUGAAGUUAUUGAUGGAGUUAUCGAUGAAUUCCAACAAGUUAGUAAAUAACUUAAAGGUGAUUUUAUGCUUUAAUUGAUUGAUAGACUCUAAAAUAUUAGGGAAAACUAUUAAAACUCAGAAAAUCAAUCACUCAGCUAAACUAAUACUAUGGAGACCUUGCAGCAUGAGAGUUUCUUAAGUUAUGUCUUGAUUGAAAUAAUGAAUGUGUUCAAAGUAUUGCUAAAGCAGCUAUAACACACAAUGAAAGAGCUCCAUAAAUAUAAAAGUAGUUCAAACGUUAAUGAUUAGUCUAGGUAAUACUCUAAAUCCCCUUUAAUAGAAAAUUAUGAUGAGUAUAGCAGGCAGUAAUAAUAAUACUCAAAACAGCAAAAUAACAACUAAAGCAUUAAUCAUUAGUAAAAUUAAAGUACUCAAGAACAAUACAUAAAAAAUUAAAAGCAAAAUGAUAGAAGUAUAAGGGAAAGGGAUAAUUAUCAACCUUUCUAAGAAAUUUCAAGCAUUAUUACUACUUAGAAAUUCCAGCAGGAUAAUUAGAGGUUGGGAGUAGGAUGCAAUGAAAGUAUGCAAAACAUUGCAAUGACCGAUCGAUCUUAUCAGCAGCAUUAACAGUAAAACAGUAUUCAUAAGUAACAUACCGAAAAUAUUCCCCCCAAGUACUCUAAUAGAAAAGGUUCAUAAAGUAAUUUUCCAUCAUUCAAACAUCCCAUUGAUUAAAAUGCCACUACUUAAAUGACUCAAUAAUCUAUGAUUAUGAACAACAUGAAUUAAUAUCAAAAUCAUAGCCACAGGCAUGAAAAUACAUUCUAGAGAUUCCAAUAGGGUUAACCAUUGACUGAAAGACAGAGAUUAGAGCUCUAUGAAUUAAGAACAGCAGCCAUACGCGAAAUAGAAGAAGCAGAAAUUAAAGGCAAAGAAGCAGAUCCUUACUUGAAAAAAUACGUUAAGAGUAUCAAUGAUUUACUCAGUAAGGCGCUUAGCACUCAUAAUAUUAACUAGCUAUAUUGA